AUGCCGACGAAACGUACUUUGAAACCAGCGAUCGCGAUACACACUACGACGGUGCCCUCGUCCGCUGGUGGUAGUGGAUCGGCCUCGUUGUCCGUCGUGGGCAGCGGCGCUGGCGCCGGUGGUGGUGGUGGGGCGGCGUCGAUCGGACAUGCGCGCGCCACGUCAACGUCACGUUCGAGGACCCCUAGCGCGUCCAUCUCGGCUACCCUACACCCCAAUCGAGCAAAAUCAAACCCCCUCGCCAACUCGAGGGACAUCACUCCCGAGUUUGCCUACGACCACUCAUCGCGCAACGACUCGCAUGAUCAACUAGACUCGGACGACGACACGGGGCGUCACUCCCCCGUCUUUAACCAGUACGGCUCUGCCGGCGCUUCGUCGUCGUCCUCGUCGCUGCUCAUAAAUGGCGGUUCGACGGCGGGGUUGAACCCGCAACAGCUACGAUCGCUCGCGAGGAAGGAAAGGAAUCGAGUCGCGGCGCAGAAAUCGAGGGAUCGCAAAAAGGACGAGUUCGAAGGGCUGUCGGCCGAGAACGAAGGGCUGCGGGAGGAGAUCCGCGCGCUCAAGGACCAGGUUCGCAAGCUGGAUGACGAGCUGUCGAUGUACCGCGGCGUUGGUGGGUCCAAGGCGAGUAUUUCAAAAAUGCGAGGAUUGACCUCGGGUCAAGGGUCGGCCAAGAAGAGAAGGGUCAAGGGCGCGUCGACUACUUCGAACGAGUCGGCCGAGCGCGGACCGGCUAGCCCCGCACCGGCUGCGAGCGUGCCGAUGAUCAAGCUGGACAGCCGACGGAGCAUGGCCAGUACAAGCACUGGGUUCACCAGCUUGGAUGAGUUGGCUUCUCGCCGCGAUGAAGAGGACAUGGAUGACGAUGAAGAGGAGGAAGAGGAAGAGUACGAGUACGACGAUGGGAACGACACCGAGACGGAGAGGGACGAGGUUCGUGAAGGAGGGCUGAUGCUCGAUGAGGCCCUGCUACGCAUUAUCAGCGAGCAAGACAUCCUCAAGGACGAGGACGAGGAAGAUGAGGAGGAAGAUGAGGAGAUCAUGAAUAUCGCAAGGGUGAUGGGCACGAUGAGGGAAGCAGCUGCGCAAUCCGUACGCCCCGGGAUGUUCAGGCGAAAAUCGUCGAAUCGAACCUCGACGGUCGCGACGCCGAAUGCCGCAUCGGCGGCGGAUAGUGGCUCGAACUCAGCUGAGUCGUCGCUGCCACUGAGUCCGAAACGGAAGAGGAAAGGAAGUGCGGCCUCGAUCCAAGGCAAUAGUCGAACCUUGUUCCCCGCGAUCGCUUCGGUUUUGGUGAGUGGGACUUGGAGCAUUCGCUGACCCUCGACGGCGAUGCUGACUCGUGAUUCCUUCAAUGUCCGCAGAGAGGUACAUUGGACAAGGAGCCCUAA